UUUUUCACUGCAAACAAUUGGAGGAAGCAACUCACGUCCUGACACUGCUUCCUUCAUCUGGGUUGUGGGAUGCAUUUGAGCUGAAAGGGGGAAGAAUCACCACAGCAGUGGCUGUGCUGGCUGCAGCACCAGAUGGGGCACUCGGAGAAGAGCUAAAGCAUUGGAUCAGCACGUACCCCACAACUGGGACAACUUUCAAGACAAGCGGCCCCUAGAUCCAGUCCACAUGAGUCACAGCUCUUGUGAUGAUGACUGUCCUACCUGACCGUCCUACCUGCCAGCCCGGCAGACAGUCCACUGGGCUCCGAGAGCUGCUCUGCUACCAGUCAUGCCUGCCAGAGAGCAAUUCAGGCAAGGGCACCAUGUCGGGGCUCUGGAUCACAGUCUUCACUCUGCCACUGCUGUGGACUCCGAUCACAGCCAUCGCGCCCUCCCCGGAUGACACUCUGUGCCCCGUGAAUUGCUCCUGCUCCUGGUUGCAGCGGUUGGUCCAGUGUGCCAAUGCCAGCCUCUCAGCUCUCCCCACUGGCAUUGCCAAUAACACAGUGGAGCUUGACCUGCAGCACAACAGUUUCAGUAUCUUGUCAUCAGGCUUCUUCCCGGAUCUUCCUGAGAUCACCAGCCUUUACCUGGGCAGCAGUCAUAUCCUCCAGGUGGCAUCGGGGGCUUUUAAGGGUGUCAGGAACCUGUACCACCUUCACCUGGACAACAACCUCCUUGAGCAGCUCCCACAGGAUGUCUUUGUGAACAUGACAAACCUGAUCUUUCUCCACCUGCAGCACAACCAGAUCACCUACCUCCCACCAGGAGUGUUCUCCUCCUUGAAGCAGCUCAGUGUCCUGGACCUGAGCCACAACCUACUAGGAGAGCUCUCUGACCAAGCCCUUGGUGGUCUCUCACAGCUCCGUCGGCUCUACCUAACUGCUAACCGUAUCUCCAAUGUGUCAGUCCGCAUCCUUCCACGCAGCCUGCGGACACUCAGCCUUGACCAGAACCAGCUGGAGAGCGUGCCCACAGUCAUCCGCACCUCUGUCACGCUUUCCAUACUGCAGCUGAGUGGGAACCCCAUCCGAAAGCUGACAUCGCUCUCCUUUGGGAGGCGGCUCCGCUCGCUGAACCAGCUGUUCCUAGACAGCCUCUCCUUGGAGAAGAUCACUGCGCUGGCCUUCACCAGGCUGCACAGGCUGGAGGUGCUGAGCCUGAGAAACAACAGCCUGGAGUCGCUCCCAUCUCUGGCCUCCAUGAGGUCUCUCUCUGCUCUGUAUCUGACUGAGAACAAGUGGUGCUGUGACUGCAGCUUGAUCUGGCUUCGGACCUGGCAGAAGAAGGUGACCCAACAGGAUCGCAGCCCUGUUGAAUGCAGCUCUCCGAGGGCGCUGCAGGGACAACUCCUCGUGGAUAUAGAACUACAGAAACUGACUUGCCCGCCUUUUGGCACAGACUUCACCACUGUGAACCCAGCCAAGAAUAAUACACCCGUAGCCACUGUGCCAUCUCUUCCACAGGCUGCCACCACACUUACCACCACUACCUCUACAGCCCUUAUUACCAUCAGGGGCACUACAACAACACGCUUAGCUACCUCCCAGAACCACCCGUUGGCAAGAUGGGACCCAUGCCUGGCCAGUGUCAUCACCAGCGUCAGCAUCAGGCCAAAGAGUGAUACUUCUCUAGUAGUCGCUUGGUCCUUUGCUGGUGACCAUGACCAGUUUGAGGUGCGAUACAAGGAGGGCAAGGAUGAGCAGGUGCUGCGGGUGAUAGGUGAGCUGCCUGAGGUGGAGCUCCAUGGUCUCCUUGCAGGGACUGAGUACAGAGUUUGUGUCAUCCCCCAGAAUGAGCAUCUCUUGGAGUGCUUGGCCCCUGCUCCCCAGCAGUGCGGAGCAGGGCACACCACAGGCCAUCUACAACCCAUCCAUGCCCCACUUGGACACAGCCACUCUGCAGUGGGCACUGGGGUCGCCGUCACUCUUCUAGUACUGGUGGUGCUAGCAGUGGUCACUAUUUAUAGACUACGGGCCCGACCAAUCCAAUUCCAACGCCAUUACGAUGAAGAUGAGUCAUUCCCACAUCGCAGCAGCAGCAGCAGCAUCAACCAAGCCAAGGUGACCAUGGGCCCAGUUUAUGAGAACAUAGAGGAUGAUGACCAGCAUGUUUACAUGACAGCUGCCAGCCAGGGGCCAGAGGAGAAAGUAGACUGCACCCUGGUGACCCCACCCUGGCUCACACCCACCCCCACGUACGUGACUCUCUGAUUCCAAAGCUGCUCUGUGAGAUGCAAUGGCUGAACAGGA